AUGGGUACCCAUAAACCGGCGGCUCCGGUGAUGAGAACAGAUAAUCCGUGGCGGGCACAGAAUUGGGCGGAUGAUUUGACCCGUUUAUACCAGGCGAGUCCACCCCAAGGUAGGUGCGAAGCGAGAAGGAUCGGAGGAAACGGGAUUGGAGGAGGGAGAUCGGUAGAAAAAGAUGAAGAUAAAACCCACAAAGACAAGGGAACAAAAGGCGAGUAUGGCGACGGAGGAUUGUCACCAUGA